CCGUCAGUGGUCGCUCUCGGCUUAUUCCCUGUAGAUUUUCACGCAAAAAUGCGUCAGGAUAUUGAAAUACCCCGCAUGCAUUAUGCUCUUUCUAAAUCUACUUUUAACUAGUUUAUAUAGCUAGUUAUAACUUUAAUACUUCAACCACAACUCUGAUAUAGAGAAACUGAGCUUUACGUUAAUUUAAUUUAUUUAGAACAGCUUUUUUCCCCCUUAACUUUUUUCUUUUAAUCUUUCAAAAUGCCGGUGAACAUGGCUGGAUGCACCACAGACUGCGUGGAGAAGCCGAUCUCCAUCUGCUUCCAGAAGUUCGGCCGCUUUGUGGGAACUUACCCGUGGUGGUUCUUCAUCUCUCCUCUGUUGAUCUCUGCGGUGCUGGGGAGUGGGUUUUAUUUCUUAGAAGAUCGUGAGGCCAAUGACAUUGAGGAUCAGUUCACACCUGUGAACGGUCCUGCCAAGCUGGAGAGGCAGUUUGUGCAGGAAAACUUCCCGCAGAACGACUCGGUGUUCUCCAACCAAAGACUCUACACGGAUGGAGUUUACGCGUCCUUCAUAGCGGUGUCAACAUCCUCCAGCAUCCUCACAGAUGCUGCCUUUCAGGAGAUAGUCACUUUAGACAGGAAGGUCAAGGAGCUGAAUGUGUCCAUGGGUCACGAGGUGCUUACUUUCGAGGGACUUUGCGCAAGACGAUACAAGAAAUGCAUACCGAAUAAGAUACUGGAUAUUUAUAAAUAUUAUGGGAAAAAUUUAGAAAAGACCGAGCUCACUUUCCCGUUCUUUCGUUUCGGAUUCGCGUACAUUUUCCUGGGCUAUUCUGUUGGUGGAGUGAAUUUAAACUCUUCUGUCAUUAAAAGUGCAAAGGCAGUGCGACUGUUGUAUUUCCUGAAGGAGGAUAAUCGUACCAGAACAGAUCUAUGGCUGAACGAAUUCCUUAAGGUUUUUCCGUCUAAUUUAUCACUGAACUUCAUUAAGGUGACCCAUUCUACAUCUCUGUCAAGGCAGGUGGAAUUUGAGGCAAACACAAAGGAUGUGAUUCCCCUCUUCUCUAUCACAUAUGUCAUUGCCAUUGCAUUCUCAAUUCUCUCUUGUUUGAGGUUUGACUGUGUCAGAAAUAAAGUAUGGGUUGCCACAUUUGGAGUGUUCUCCGCUGGACUGGCUGUUCUGUCCGCUUUUGGGAUGAUGUUACACAUUGGCGUCCCAUUUGUCAUGACAGUUGCUAAUUCUCCAUUCCUGAUAUUAGGGAUCGGAGUGGACGACAUGUUCAUCCUCAUCUCCUGCUGGCAGCAGACAAAUGUUCACGAUCAAGUAGAGACUCGCCUUGCCAAAACAUACAAAGAGGCGGCCAUUUCGAUCACCAUCACCACCCUCACGGACGUGCUCGCUUUCUACAUCGGCCUCAUGACACCCUUCCGCUCCGUCCGCUCCUUCUGCUUGUACACCAGCACCUCCAUCCUCUUCUGCUACAUCUACAGCAUCACAUUUUUCGGAGCGUUCCUCGUUCUUAACGGACGGCGAGAGAACAGCAACAAGCACUGGCUGACCUGCAAGGAAGUACCAGAGGAGUGCCCUGUGGGUCAGUCAAAGUGGUAUGAAUUAUGUUGCGUGGGAGGCGCUUACGACCCUCAAACUGGCACGGAGGAGGUUCAGCCCAUGAAUCACUUCUUUAAAAAAUACUACGGCCCUUUUCUGACAAAAUCCUGGACGAAAGUCUUUGUGAUUGUGUUUUAUUGCAUCUAUUUGAUUAUCAGCAUUUAUGGCUGCUUCCAGAUUCAAGAAGGAAUCGAUCUUCGGAAUUUGGCAGCUGAUGAUUCAUAUGUGGUAAAAUACUAUGACAACGAGAAGGCAUAUUUCUCUGAAUAUGGCCCAAACAUCAUGGUUGUCAUCCGACGGGAAUUUCCAUAUUGGGAUGAAACGUACAUGUCAGAUCUUGAAACUUGCAUCGAAGAUUUCAAAAAUUUGUCUUUCAUUGAAAAGGAUAUAUUCACCUCCUGGAUCAAAUCAUACAAGUACUACGGAAAUCACACGAAACUCAAUCUGAGUACUGAAGAUGUCUUCAAAGAUAAUUUGGGAACAUUUCUGCGUUUUUAUUCUGAUUUCAAACAGGACGUCAAUUUCACUAACAACUCCAUCCACGCGUCUCGCUUUUUCAUCCAAACCGUAAACAUCUCUACCGCCCUGGAUGAGAUGAAUAUGUUGAAUAAAUUAAGAGCGACGGCACAAAAGUGCCCUGUUCCUUUACUAGUUUACCACCCUGCCUUCAUCUACCAUGACCAGUAUGCAGUUAUAGUCAUCAACACCAUCCAGAACAUUGCUGUUACGACGGCCGUAAUGUUGCUCAUCUCCCUUCUCCUCAUCCCAAACCCUCUAUGCUCUCUCUGGGUGACUUUUUCUAUCGCAUCUGUCAUUGUAGGGGUCACUGGGUUCAUGGCGUUAUGGGAUGUUAAUUUAGACACUAUCUCCAUGAUCAUUCUUGUUGUCUGCAUUGGUUUUUCUGUAGACUUCUCUGCUCAUAUAUCUUACGCCUUUGUCUCCAAUAAGAAGCCCAGUGCGAAUGAAAAGGCAGUGGAGGCCUUGUUUAAUUUAGGUUACCCUAUUUUGCAGGGGGCUGUGUCUACUAUUCUUGGGGUGGUAGUGUUGUCUGCUUCAAAGAACUACAUCUUUAGAACUUUCUUUAAAAUCAUGUUCUUGGUAAUCUUAUUUGGUCUCUUCCAUGGCUUAACUUUUAUCCCAGUUUUUCUGACCUUUUUUGACAUAUGUAGUGGCACACCGGCUAAGAAGAAAUCAGGCCCAGAAGAGCAGGCCAUGAAGAACAGCCACGGCAAUAACGUUCAAGCGGUGGUAAAGGAUGGUGAGGUGAAGGAGCGGGAAAUUUAUGUCAAUCACAAUUUUCAACCCGACAACCACCGAACAUGUCAGUCUCAGCCAUGCUCUGCAUUAUGGAUGAUAACCGGCGGCAAUAAUCAUCAUGUCCAAGAUAAUCAUAUGUGUGUGGCAAGCACCAUCCCAAUGUUCAGAGUGGACAGUCAGACCUAUGAGGUUCACAUGUAUACACCCUCUGAUGAUGCCAUGUUAAGAGUCAACUGUCAAUCAAAACACAGCUCUGAAGGUCAAAAUUGUGUUUUAGGAAAUAGCAACCACAUUCAAGAUUCAAAUGUUCCCACUCUUAAUGGUUCUGAUUUGGCCAUUCUGUAAAAUCCUUAUACUUCAUUUUCUUCCAAAUACAUCCCGUUUGUAUGUGUAAUACCUUUUAUAUGUUUAAAUUAAAAUUACUAAUGUAAUGUAAAUCAACAAGAUGACAACAUGGCACCUUUUUACGAAAAUACAUCUGGGCCAAUGGUUUUAGGACUUUUUAAGGGUUUCAGGAUUUAGGAGCCCCAAAAACUGGCAUUAAUCUGUAAAAGAAAAAAAAAAAAAAGCGUUUAAAAAUGUUUACAAAAUGCAUCACAGUUGUAAGCAAUGUACACCUAAAUGAAAUAACCAUCUUCAUUUAUGAAACACAAGCAUAACAAAUGUGUAAAUCAUUCAUAAAACCAUUCUUAAUAAAUUCAGUUGAAAGCAACAAUUUAUGUAAAAAUGGAUUUAUGAAUUUACACAGAAAUUCAUUGUUUCAUGAAUGAGCUUCAAUCUCUCAGAAAAUAUUUAAAUGUGUUAUUUUUGCAGGGUAUGUGAAUAUUAAUAUUUCUAUUUAGUUAUAAAAGUACAAUUACGUAGUUUUUCUUAAUUUUUUUUGUUUUUUGUGAAAUAAACUAACUGAAUGCACACGUGUAACCAUACUUUGCUCUGUAUUUAUGAGAGGUUUGCAUUGUUUUAUUAUGGAUUGUUUGUGUAAUAGCUUAUUAAAGACAUAAUACACACAUUUUAACUAUUUUUAAUGGCUCAUUUAAACAGCCAAAAAUUGAUUAUAUUUCCACUAUUUUAAAAGCUAUAUUUUCCCUUUGCUUCUGUAGUGCACGUGACGUGCUGUUCUGCUUUCCUUGAGAAAAGAGGAUUGUCUGAGUAAGGAUAAGAACUAUAAAUAUUUUCAUCUUUUAAACCAGUUUUGUUUAGUAUUUUUCAUAUUUAUGAAUUGUAGAUUAUUAUCAUUUUAGGGAGAAUUUAAAUUUCUAUUAAAAACUAUUAUGUUUAGUUCACUCAAUGUUUACAGUGUUUCAUGAGCCUGUUUCUGCACAUAACUUACAUGCUUGCAU